ACGACGGUGAGGGGUGGUGUCGCUUGACGGCAGGGGUCCGUAGCCUGCCCUGGCUCGUGAGGGGAGCGGCUGAGGAGUUGCCGGCAGCAUGAAGCAGAAGAGGAAAGCAGACCUCAGCCAUGCAGAGCUGAUGAUGAUGACGAUAGCUGACAUCAUAAAGCAAUUAAUUGAAGCUCACGAGCAGGGAAAAGAUGUGAAUCUGAACAAGCUGAAAACCAAGACGUCAGCAAAGUAUGGACUUUCAGCACAGCCACGUUUGGUUGACAUCAUCGCUGCUGUUCCGCCACAGUACCGCAAGGUGCUGGUACCAAAGCUGAAGGCCAAGCCAAUAAGAACUGCUAGCGGGAUUGCUGUCGUUGCAGUCAUGUGUAAACCGCACAGGUGUCCUCACAUUAACUUUACAGGCAACAUAUGUGUAUACUGCCCAGGUGGACCUGAUUCUGAUUUUGAAUAUUCAACACAGUCUUACACUGGAUAUGAGCCAACGUCCAUGAGGGCCAUUCGGGCUAGAUAUGACCCCUAUCUCCAGACAAGACACAGAGUGGAACAGCUGAAGCAGUUGGGCCACAGCGUGGAUAAAGUAGAGUUCAUUGUGAUGGGUGGAACGUUCAUGGCCCUGCCUGAAGACUACAGAGAUUACUUCAUCAGAAACCUUCACGAUGCCUUAUCAGGUCACACUUCCAAUAAUGUAGCAGAGGCCGUCAAGUAUUCAGAACGAAGCCUGACAAAAUGCAUUGGGAUAACGAUAGAGACCAGACCAGAUUACUGCCUGAAGCGGCAUUUAAGUGAUAUGUUAUCCUACGGCUGUACGAGGCUGGAGAUUGGAGUGCAGAGCGUGUACGAGGACGUGGCCAGGGACACCAACAGAGGUCACACCGUGAAGGCUGUGUGCGAGUCUUUUCACUUAGCCAAGGAUGCCGGGUUUAAAGUUGUGGCACACAUGAUGCCUGAUCUACCAAACAUGGGGCUUGAAAGGGACAUGGACCAGUUCGUUGAGUUUUUUGAGAAUCCUGCUUUUCGCCCAGAUGGCAUGAAGCUUUAUCCGACACUAGUGAUCCGUGGCACUGGUCUGUACGAGCUCUGGAAGACUGGAAGAUACAAGAGCUACCCCCCCAGCACUCUUGUGGAUCUGGUGGCCAGAAUCCUGGCCCUUGUCCCGCCGUGGACACGUGUGUACCGUGUUCAGAGAGAUAUCCCGAUGCCACUAGUCAGCUCUGGAGUGGAGCACGGGAACCUGAGAGAGCUUGCCUUGGCCAGGAUGAAAGAUCUUGGGACACAGUGUCGUGAUGUAAGGACAAGAGAGGUUGGAAUUCAAGAAAUUCACCAUAAAGUGAGACCAUAUCAGAUUGAAUUAGUUAGAAGAGAUUAUGUGGCAAAUGGUGGCUGGGAGACCUUCCUGUCCUAUGAAGAUCCAGAGCAGGAUAUUCUCGUUGGCCUUCUACGACUGCGGAAGUGUUCAGAGGAGUCAUUCAGACCUGAGCUGAAAGGAGGCGUUUCCAUUGUCCGGGAAUUGCACGUGUAUGGGAGCGUGGUCCCCGUGAGCAGUCGGGAUCCUUCAAAAUUUCAGCACCAGGGAUUUGGUAUGUUACUAAUGGAGGAGGCAGAAAGAAUAGCCAAGGAGGAGCAUGGGUCAUGGAAAAUUGCUGUAAUUUCAGGUGUUGGCACAAGGAACUACUACAGGAAGAUCGGCUACGAGCUGGAAGGGCCUUACAUGGUGAAAAAGCUGGACUGAUGGCCCAGGAGGUCCUCACCCCAACCCAGGAGAGAAGAGGAGAUGAGGUUCAUCCUGGAAAAGAAGCUCAAGGUGACGGACGUAAGCUAAAGACCAAAACCUGCCAACCGCGAAGGACUUGCUUAUGCCAGAGCCCACGGCAACAAAUAGGGCAUCUUCUCUGGGGAGAGCGGUUCUGAGACCUGCCUGUUGCCCCAGGAGAGGCUGGGGACGUUUCACGUGUCUCGUUACCUGCGUAAACCCGCCGGAUCUCCGGGGUGGGCUCUGAUGCAUUGCGAUAGAGGACUGAAGCGUAGGUGAACUAAAAACGUCCAUUGUUUCUAUGAUGCUAUCAGCGGGCUUUUAACGUUUCAGCAUUGAAAUGGUGUGGGUUAUUGUGCAACAUGAAUGAAUUCCUUUUCUGCGUAUUUAUUUAUGCUGGGCUUGGCUGCUUUCUGUCCAUCGCAAGCGACACCCUUUGAUCCUUUUACAGUAGGAGGCCGUGAGGAUUGGAAGGCAUUCCCUUGCUAGCGGUAGGAAUUGAGAUUAAAAUUUAAACCAAAUCUCUCCAGGGACACACAACCAUGGAGUAACUGAGGUUAGAAGGGCCCUCUGAGGUCUCUGCUCCAGCCUCACUCAAAGCAGGUCCAACUAGAUCAGGGUGAUGAUGCUCAAAUAUCUCCAAAGGUGGAGAUAUUCAAUGGAUGUGGAUGGAGAGUUCAGUGUCUAGUCCCUGUUCCAAUAUUUGACCACCCACGUGUUGAAAAAGUUUUUUCUUAAUAUCCGAUUGGAGUUUACGGUGUUUCGACUUGUGCCUGUUGCCUCUUGGCCUGUCGCUGUGCACUUCUGGGAAAAGUCUGCUGCUGGUCUCCAAGCUUCUCCUUGCACAUGGCAUACUCCAACGCCGUAACCGUCCUGGUGGCUUCCGCUUCCAUUAGUCUGUAUUUCCAGGUGCUUCUCCAGCCCUUAACCCAUUGAUUUGGGCGUGAGGAUGCCGUGUGGUAGCAGCGUCGGAGGCCUUUGUACAACACCCAUGGCCCUCCCUUAUCAUCCGCGCUGCCCUCAUCCCCCCCCAGCAGGUGCUUGGGUUGCUCAGGCACGUUCUGCCCCCGGGGGAUCCCUCCUGGCUGUUCCCAACCCUUCCCCUCUCCAUCCCACGGCAGAGAAGGGCUUCAGGGAGGGUUUGGUCCCUCUCUCCCAGCACGGAGGUGGGGCAGUGGCUGCCCUGUAGCCCCUCAGAUCCUCCUCCUGGUUCUCCUUGGUUGCCUUUUCCAGGCAUUGGGAAUUCUAUCAGGAAUGGUAGAAAUAUUAAAGCUUCUUUUUGCAAAGAGUGAGAUGGGAUGCGAGAAAGAUGGGGAAAGAGCUCGGCCCCUUUCUCACCUCUCCGCAGCCCUUUGGCGGGGUGGGGAUGGCCCUGGACAUGCAGGGCAGGUGGGGUGUCCUUUGACGUCAGCGACACAGGGUUUCCCAAAGCAGCGUGCCUGGUGCUGCCCGCUGCGCUUAACAACAUCAGAAGGGAGCAGCCAGAGCUCUGACCUCCUCCGCUUCUCUUUUCAUAGUAUUUCAAUCAAAAAUAGGGUUCAAAUCCGGAGUAGCAGCUUGUAGAGAAGUUGACAUUUCAGGUGUUGCUCUAAUAAAUAACGCUGUCAGGAGCCUUCUGGAAACAUCGCCAAUAACGAGCGCUCGGACACACGUGAUUGACUCGGAGGAGGAGAGGCUCCGGGAGCAAAGCUCUCGCGGCAGCGGCGGUGCCGCGCAGUAAAUGCGAUUCUGCCACCGUGAUCUAUUGCUGCUCCCGAACGGCGACUCGCUGGGUCAGUGGCCAGAACCGCGCUGACGUCUGCUGACGCACAAGUGGCAAAGGCAGCGGCUGCCCGGGCAGCGCGGAAAACGCGCGCCCUUGCUGGAGAACCGAAAUACCUGACAAUAAAGUUUUUUAUUAUUGAAGGUAAA